AUGUUUCGGUGUAUACCUUUGUUCAAAUGUAAUCGUCAAGUGGAAUGUGUAGACAAGCGGCAUUGCUCGUUGCCAACAGUACCUGAAGACAUCCUUAGAUAUUCCAGAAGUUUGGAGGAGCUGUUUCUGGAUGCCAAUCAUAUAAGAGAUUUGCCUAAGAAUUUCUUCCGUUUACAUCGCUUGCGAAGAUUAGGUCUCAGUGACAAUGAAAUUCACAAACUUCCAUCGGACAUACAAAACUUUGAGAACUUAGUCGAGCUAGAUGUAUCCAGAAAUGACAUUCCCGACAUCCCAGAGGACAUCAAGAAGUUGCGGGCGCUACAGAUCGCAGACUUCAGCAGCAACCCGAUACCGAGGCUGCCGGCAGGAUUCAGUCAGCUUCGGGCGCUCACUGUUCUCGGACUUAAUGACAUGUCCCUCACCAGCCUCCCCAGCGACUUUGGAAGCUUGGUGUCACUUCAAUCCCUGGAGUUGAGAGAGAACCUGCUGAAGUCGUUGCCAGAAUCAUUGAAAAAUUUAACGAAGUUGGAGCGUUUAGAUCUGGGCGACAACGAGAUAGAGGAGUUGCCGGGUUUCAUUGGCGAGCUGCCCGCGCUCGAGGAGUUAUGGUUGGACCACAACAAGCUGCAGUAUUUGCCACCGGAAAUCGGAAACUUGAAGGCGCUCGUCUGUUUAGACGUCAGCGAGAACAAGUUGGAGAAACUGCCGGAGAAGAUCGGGGGCCUUUGCUCUCUGACCGAUUUGCAUCUGUCGCAGAACAUGCUCGAAACUGUGCCGGAUGGCAUCGGCGAUCUCUCCAAGCUGGCCAUACUGAAGUUGGAUCAGAAUCGAUUGCACACUUUAAACGAAAACGUCGGAAGAUGCACGAACCUCCAAGAACUGAUAUUAACGGAGAACUUCCUAAUGGAGCUGCCAAAGUCGAUAGGCAACCUAAACGAACUGACGGUACUGAAUGUGGAUAGGAACUCUUUGGCGGAUAUACCACUGGAGAUCGGCAAUAUGACGCUGCUGGGCGUCCUAAGCUUGAGGGACAACAAGCUAACGAAGCUGCCGAACGAAUUGGGCAACUGUAAAUCACUGCACGUGUUGGACGUCAGCGGUAACAGAUUACAGUAUCUGCCGUACACGCUGGUGAACCUGGAGCUGAAAGCGGUGUGGCUGUCCGAGAACCAGGCGCAGCCGCUGCUCACCUUCCAAACGGACAGGGACGAGAGCACGGGCGAGAGCGUGCUCACGUGCUUCCUCCUGCCACAGCUCAGCUACACGCAGCAGCCAGAAUUGGAUCACACAUCAGAGGUCGGCAGUGUAACCUGGUUCAGGGAUCACAGAUUUAAUUCACAGUCACAAGAGCUAGAUAGGAUAAGAGAAUCAAGCGCGUCCCGCGACCGAGACUCGGACGAGGACUGGGAAGAGAAGGAGGCCUCCAGGACCCACUCGGUGAAGUUCACCGAGGACGUAUCGGAGGCUAGAGAGGUGACAACGAUACAGGAGGACGGUGAGGAGAUGACCGCUGACUCAUUCUUCAUGCCGCAGUCGAUGUUAGGGCUCCGGCGGCCGCUCAACGCGGUCCGCAAACUGGUCGCGACACAGCGCAGGGGCUCCCUGCAACGCCACUCCCCCUCGAUAACGAACCUCGCGGAGACGCCGUUCGUGCGCCAGAACACACCUCACCCCAAGGAGCUGAAGCUCAAGGCCCACAAGCUGUUGGCCGGCCGGUCGCCUGAGCAGAACCAGCAAAGCGCCCCUCCUGAGGCGCCCACCACCAAUGGAGUCGUCGCGUCACCGCCCGAAAUCGUGCCCGCCGCAGAAACAAUCGAACCUGUUGAAACACAAUCACAGCCCGAAGUCACGAGAGACGAAGAAAGCGAUCAAGACACUCAAGAUAGGGAGUCGUCGGAAGGUGAGAACGAUGAUAACGAAGACUCUGACGAGUUCGAGCGCGGUGGGCGGCGGGUGGCGUGGCGCGCCGGCGUCGCCGAGAGCGGUGUGCGCGCCGGCCGGCUGCACCGCCGCGACACCCCGCACCACCUCAAGAACAAGCGCGUCAGCCAGAUGGACGCGGGCCGGGCGCGGGACCUCAUAGCGCAGUAUAAACAAUGGACUCGUGAGAUCUGCACCGUGACAGCGGCAACGGCUACAGUACGCGGACACAACAUCUUCGUGCUCGCACUCGAUCGGGAAACGUCGAAAUCCGGGCGCCGUCUUGCGCUAGGCCAUGCGUUAAUCCCCAUUAUCGACCUCCGAGUCGGGUCGAAAGUCGGUAGUUGGACCGGUCGGGUCGAAAAUCGGUCGGCGGACGAGUCGGGCGACGGGUCGGAGGCGCGGCGAUUCGCGCGGCAAUUAUUGUCGGUGUGCGUCUGUCACGCGCCGGUGCACGCGGGCCCUGGACCACGACGCGCGGCGUCAGACCCUCGGAGGGGCUCGCGGAAAUGGGCGCAUCGAGUCCGCACGCCGCCCGCGACGCCCCGCGCUAUCUACCGGCGAGUGGAC